GAAGAAGGCGUUUCCUGUCCUGUCCACUGCGCCCGCGCCCGGGUGUCUGUCCGAAAACAUGGUCGCGCGAUCCCUGUGGCGAUCCCGCGCCGGCCUGGCGCUGGCCGUCACAGCGGCUUGCGGAGGCGCCGCUGCCGCCGGUAUCGCCACCUCCGACGACCCCGCGACGGCCUUGAAGCUGUGCACCGCCGUUCCCGUCCGGCUGUUCCGGGACUCCGUCACUGCCGCUUCCAUUGCCUUCGAUUACCAGUACUCCCUGUUGGGGCUGCCGGAAGGAAGCGAGGAGAGGUUAAAAGCUAAGCAUGAAGUUCACCUGAGGUCAGCUCGCAAGCUUCGAGAUCUGUGCUUCGAAAAUGGAGGGAUUUACAUCAAGCUUGGGCAGCAUAUUGGACAAUUGGAGUACUUGGUUCCUCAAGAAUACGUCCUCGUAAUGAGGCAGUCCAUGUUGAACAGAUGCCCAGAAUCUUCUUAUGACCAAGUAUGCGAGGUUUUCAGGAAAGAACUUGGAGAGGCGCCGGAAAAAAUAUUCACAGAAUUUGACCCAGUUCCAAUAGCAAGUGCUUCUCUUGCACAAGUUCAUGUUGCUCGCACACAUGAUGGUCGGAAAGUUGCUGUGAAGGUUCAGCACACUCAUAUGACGGAUACUGCGGCGGCAGACCAUGCAACUGUUAGCCUAAUAGUGAACACCUUGCACAAAAUUUUCCCAAAUUUUGAUUACAGGUGGCUGGUUGAUGAAAUGCGAGAAAGUUUACCUAAGGAAUUAGACUUCUUGGUUGAAGCGAAGAACAGCGAGAAAUGUCUGUAUAACUUCCGCAAGCUGUCUCCUCAUAUUGCAGACGCUGUAUAUGCACCGGAAGUGCAUUGGAACUUAAGUACCUCAAAGCUGUUGACCAUGGAAUAUAUAGAUGGUGCCCCAGUAAACGACGUCAAGAGCAUUCGGAAGCUUGGAAUUCAGCCGAGUGAUGUUUCAAAAUUGGUUAGUAAAGCUUUUGCCGAAAUGAUGUUUAAACAUGGAUUUGUUCAUUGUGACCCACAUGCUGCCAAUUUGCUGGUUCGUUGUAUGCCUUCUGGACGCCUUAGCUUAUUUGUAGGUAAGAGAAAACCUCAGUUGGUACUUUUAGACCAUGGUCUUUACAAGGAGCUGGACUUCGCAACCAGAAAUAGCUAUGCUGCUCUUUGGAAGGGAUUGGUGUUUGCUGAUGCGAAAGCAAUUAAGGAAAAUAGCGUGAAAUUGGGAGCAGGGGAAGACUUGUAUGCACUGUUUGCUGGAAUUUUGACUAUGAGGCCAUGGAACAGGGUCAUUGACUCAGCUGCUGAUCAUUUGGUUAUACAAGGUAGCGAAAGUGAUUGCUCGGAACUGCAGAUGUAUGCAUCUCAGUAUUUCCCUCAGAUCUCAGAGCUGCUUAGGAGACUGCCACGUGUAAUUCUGCUGAUGCUGAAGACUAAUGACUGUCUACGAGCUGUUAAUAAUGCUCUGUUGCAGGGAUCGUCUCUUGAGACAUUCGUUAUCAUCGGAAAGAUAUCUUCAGAGGCAGUCCUCGAGGCAAAGAUGAUGCAGAGGAGGUCUCUUCUGUGUUUGCUGAGUAUCUGGGUGGAGGAAGCUUUGCUAGAAGCUCGUCUACUCGGAAUGAAGGUGGCCCUGUGGCUGUUGCAGCUAAGAAAAGCUCUGUCCUUGUUAAGAUUAAAUCACGCAUAAUUACAAGAUGAUUGUUCUUUCCCCACAUUUUUUUCCCAAUUGAUUCUUUCCCAAAAACCUUUCCUUGACCAUAUUCUUUAUCUCCAUGGUCGGGAACUUCGUGUUUGUCGCACAGAUAAUUGGGGAUGGAUCGACAGCUUCCAUUUUGUAUUCUUUGUAAAAUGAGAAUGUGAUAAAAUGAAAUUCCUUAUUCCUAGUCGGAGCUAUUUGGCACGGGAAACCUAUAUAAGUUAUUGAGCGCCAUAUAUCAGCUGGGCAAGCCAUUCAACUGUGAGGAGAAUAAUUGUGAGUUGUUUUGUAACAGAGAGACAUACACCAGACAUUGUUCAUCAGUAAUAAAGGAUGCACCAUUUGAUCAUAUUGCUUAA